AGUAACCCAAAACUACAGUUCCAUCGCAAUGAUUAAGUGGAGGUGACAUUGACGGGCGAUAGACAUGGGAAACAGUCGCUGGGCGUCUGCAUUGUCGGUUUCAUGAGCGUUUUGGUCAAAUUCCACAUCACUGGUUACUGCUCCUAGUAUCUACAACCAAGCUUUCUUCAAGUCUCCAGCAUGGUACCUCUUCCUUUAUUCAAGUUUGCCUCUCUUUUCGUGAGGCACAUAUCCAAAUAUGGCGCAAAUUGGAUCAAAGUCCAGGCUCACGAUCAUCCGAAGUUCCGAACUAUUGCUGCAAGAUAUGGCCAGACUAUGCAUCAAAUCAAUAUGCGAAUGGCAGUCACUCUGCUACGAGACAAAGCUGCGGAGAAACGAGCGAAAGAGAAAGCGGAAGCUCCUACUGUGAAGACGGAGGAACAAAUGAAGCACGAAGAAGCCCAAAAGGAGAAGCAAGCUGCGAAGGACAAAGCGGCUCGACAGGAGGCCUCUACAAGUGUUUGGAAGCGGAAAUUUCGUCCUCUUCCUGAAUCGAAAGCAGUCGACCUAUUUGCAGAUGUAAUUGGGGACUCUUUCAUUCUUUUGGUUGCUGGAGGUCUUAUUCUAUACGAGUACUUGCGAGCGAAAGGCAAGCCGGAUGCGAAUGCUGAGAAGAUCGCGGAAUUGAACAAGAAGCUCGAGGAAUUGGAUUUGAGAGAGAAAGAAUUGGAGGAAUCCGAAAAGCAGCAGAAGAAUCGGGUAGAGACCUUAGAGCAAGCUAUAGAAGAGAUGCGAAAGACAGGUGGCAAGAGGAAGUCCCUGCUACUGUCUUGACCUGGUAUUGAGGUUGGUAUCAUAUGGACAGGUCAUUGUUGUAUAAUGGUCUUCUGGGUUACGGUCCAUCUGCUCCGAAGCUGAGAGCAAGGGGGAAAGUUUGCAUGCGAAAGAGCUGCGCAUUGUAUAAUCAAUUGUUUAGCUAUGGAGUCUUGAAGCUGCGAAUCUCAAAGCAGGGGGUUCGCUUGCGCGAGCCUGGAAAUAAGCUCACAUAAAACUCUGCUCUGCAUGUACAUUCUCCUCUACAAAAGAAAAGAACUUACAAAAAGUCUCCCACAAAAGGUUCAAUCAUUCUUGAAAAUUUGUAUUACUGUCGAUAUUUGUAUUCGGUCGACGCGUUUUGUCAAGGAUCAACUGUUCUAGAUAGAACUCGACAACACC